AUGCCCCCUGGAGGCCCGGCUUGUAUAACCUGCCGUGAAAAGUGUCGCAAAUGCGACCGCACAAAACCCGUUUGUCAAAGAUGUAUGAGCAAGGGCCUUGAAUGUAAAGGCUAUCCCGAUAAGUUCCGCUUUGCGGGGCUAGCGACUCGGGGCAAGUGGAAGAAUCGCGCGGUCCCAAGUGAGGCCCGUAACCACGCCGGGCGGAGACAGCCCAGCUUGGAGGCCAACCCUGCAGGUUCGGCUAGCCGAGAAAACACCGAGCGCCUUCAAAAUUCCACAUCACUCAGUGACGCAACCGUUGCGGCAACACGACCAACCUUUGCCCAUGAUCAAACAAUAUGUCCUCAUCAGAUUGCGCUUGCCCCUGGUAUGGACAAUCCGUAUCAAUUUUAUGUCUUACCACUCGCAUAUGAACAGAUAGGUCUGCUCUACGCAGUCCUGGGGCUCACAGCCUGUCAUCUCGGAAUCCAAAAAGAAGAUUUAUAUCUACGAGAAACUUUGGCAGUGGAAUACCGAGUCAGAGCCAUAAGUCGUCUCGGAGAAACGCUUCAGAACGGGUUGUCUGGCGAGUUGAGUGAGAAUGAACGAGAUGGAAUCUUCGCUACUAUACAAAUCUUGUUACUGCAAGAUAUUUUCGAAUCUGGCAUUUCCACCCACGGUGCCCAUAUCACAGGCGCGCUAUCUAUUUGCAACCAAUUGCGCUUGUCAGAUAGCUUGACCCGGGAACAUGAGCAAACCGUGUUCUUUCUGGGAAAUCUCGCAUGGCUUGACAUCAUUCGAUCGCUUACAGACCCCCGAAGAUUGUGUUUUUCUUCUGAUCUCAGAGAGGCUAUCGUGAAGCUAAGUGACUUGAAAUUCGAACGUGUUAAUGGCAUUCCACGCACGUUAUUUCUCAUCAUGGGCAAAGUUAUGGAGCAUGCGAAGGCCCACGCUCUUGGAAACAUAGCGAAAUCAGAAUUUGAGAGCGCUCUUGAAUCUUACAAAAGUGACUUCUAUUCAUGGCGAUUCCCGGUCGAUGGAUAUCCAGAUGACAACCCACGGUGGCCUGCAGUCGCAGAGGCAUUUCGUCACGCAUGUAUACUCCACACAUCCCGCCUGAUGGAUGUAACGCAGCCAGCUGAAGCGCAAGUCAUACAAAACUCCGUCAUCGCCAUCUUGGAUGCCGCGGCCGAAAUUCCAGCCCAAUGUCGUCUUAUCGAGCUGCUGGUUAUGCCACUUUUCAUGGCUGGGGCGGAUGCAUUGUCUUCAUUUGCUCGACAUUAUGUUUUAUUGCGGUUUGACCAUGUGAAAAACCAUGGAGGUCUUGGGAACCUGAUGCCAAUCUUCCUGCUCCAAUCCGUCUGGAAUGGUCGCAGUAGACAAACGAAACACGACAACAGCAACAUCUACUGGGUCUUAUUUGUAAGUAUACUCAUUCUUAGGACGCCGCUCGGCUGUUAA